UUAUGCUUUUGUUUUUUUAGCUGGCCAUUAUGCUACAACAAUAAAUUUUUGCCAAUGAAUUAAAAAAUCUCAGCUAGCUAGGUAGCUAUAUGUUAAGGUACAGCAUGUUGUUUAACAUUUUUAUCUUCUACAUUUAGCCAAAAUAUAGAUAUAGCUAUAAAUAUUUAAAAGAGUUAAGGAAAUGGAUACACAAAUAGUUUAUAACCCUGCAACUUUAUGUCAACGAUGUUUGGAUGUUUGUGUGGCAUAUCCUUAUGAAUCCCUUAUAAGUCAUGAGGAUAAUGCUUGCAUGGAUAUUGACACUGAUGAUGAUGAUGAAGUACUGUCAACAGAAAAAUAUACUGGUACCCUUGAACUUCGAAAUCACAUGUUUUUACCUGAUAAUUUAUGUGAAAUAUUAUUUCAGAGGAUCAUUAAACAGCAUCAUGAACAGUAUAUGCAAGCCUUUGUUGACACAGAAAAAUGCAGGUUAUCAAAACUUAAUUUAUCUAGGCUUUCAACAAAAGACAUUUUACAUGAUCAACAAAUAAUAAUGAAACUAUUUCGCCAUCCAUUACGUGAAAUCAAUCUUAGUGAAUGCAAAAUGGUACCAAACACGUUGUCAGCAUUGAGAUACUGUGCAAAAUACUUAAAAAUAUUAAAUUUAUCCUCCGUUUCUGGAUUAAAAAACUUUUUGGUUUUGAAAGAUUUACGUAAUCUAGUUAAACUGAAUUUACAAGGUACAGAUAUAGGUUUCAGAAAAGAACAUAUGACAUAUGUUGGAAGCUUGCCUAAAUUAGCAUGGUUGGAUUUAUCUCACACGUCUGUUGAUGAUUCAAGUUUGGAUCAAUUGAGUGGUUUGGCAGGGACGUUAACAUGGCUCUCACUAUACAAUUGUGUACAUAUAACUGAUGAAGCUGAGCUAGUAAAUUUAAUAACAAUACUUAAACACCUUAUUCAUUUGGAUCUUUCCAAAAACCCAUCUCAACAAAAUUCAAUAGCAGAGGAUUCGAAGAACACUCCAUACCCAGUUGUCAACACAAUGAUAUUGGAAACCUGCUCUACACUAAAAUCGUUAGUUUCAUUGGAUAUUUCAGGAUCAUCUAAUUUAAAGUUAGCAGAUCUGAAUGUAUUAUCAAGUUCAAGCUCCAAACUAAAAUUUCUUGGUUUGUGUAAUACUGGAGGUUUAUCAUACAAUUCACCAUUGCCGGCUGAAAAGAUAACUGGUGAGGCCAAUGAAGAGCAGAUUUUAACUUCACUGGAUAUAUACAUGGACAGAAAAAAGUAUGUUUCAAUGUCGUUACGAAAGUUGUUCAGUUUAGCAAGUCAUCAUGGGUGCCAACAAAUUGAAAGAUGUCUAAGGUUGAUUUUGAAAUCUAUGAAAACAUUCAAAGAUGACAACAGUAUUCAUAUUGCAGCAACAGCUUCUUUAUAUCAUCUCUCAAGAGAGGAAGUACAAAACCAAGAUCCGCAAUUACGCAGAGAUAUCAUUGUUUCGAUAUUGGAAAGUAUGGAAAACUUAAAAGGAGUGUUACAACUUCAAAAGAAUUCCUGUCUGACACUCUGCAAUUUCAAAAUACCUAUAGAAGUGGAGUUUCAGUAUUAUCGUGUUGCAGAAUUGCUUCUGACUGCCUUACGAAAUCAUCAAGACGACUAUCUGCGAAGAAUAGCAAUAAUGUUGUUUAACGCAAUUGUAUGCCAGUCACAGAAUGCUGGAAUUCAGAAAAGAGAGAUAGGGUUACGUGGAGCUAUUCAGACAAUAAUACAAGUGAUUCGAGAGAAAUUAGAAGCCAACCAGUCUGAUGCUUUGAUGGAAACAUGUUGGAGUUCACUGUGGAACAUAACUGAUGAGACCCCGGAAAACUGUUUAGACUUUUUAAACCAAGAUGGAAUGUCUUUGUUUGUCGACUGCCUCAACUUGUUUCCUGACUCACAAGAACUGUAUCGGAAUAUGAUGGGUUUAAUGGGUAAUGUGGCUGAAGUGGACUCUUUAAGACCAAUGUUGAUGAAAGAAGAAUACAUUGAUCUUUUCACAUCAUUGCUGAGUCAUGACACUUCUUUCUUGGAAGUGAGUUACAACUCGGCGGGAUUACUAAGUCACAUCCUUAGUGAUGGAGAACAAGCGUGGAAAGUGACGAACAUUACAAGGGACGAAUGUAUGCAUAAGAUUAUAAAUUGCAUAGACUCAUGGGAUAUUAACUCCAGCAGAAAUAUAAACUAUAGAUCGUUCAAACCAAUCCUUGAGCUGCUUCAUUGUUACAGCGCACCUGCUGCGCAACAUUGGGCGGCAUGGGCACUAGCCAACCUCACCAAAGUUUAUCCCUUUAAGUAUUGUAAGCUGGUACAAGAAGAAAAUGGCAUAAACAUUCUUGAGGAGGUCAUCAACUCAUGUGAAACAAGCUUACGCGUGAAAGAACUUUCAACGAUGGUGAUUGAGAACUGCAAAAACGAGCUGUGCUUCAGUUGAACUGGUGACCAGCAGGCGUUGUUGUGUACAUAAGUUAGUGAAGAAUGCACCAAUGCACGUGACGCAAUUUUCAACGAAAAUUCGAGAAAUAAUAUGUAAAUGAAAAACGAUAAAAAUUUGUCAAAAAAAAAAAGAAAAUGUUGCAGGUCUGUAUGACCGCGAGUGAUGAGCGUUUUAACAUGUGCGAAAUCAAAACAAAACGACUUUGGUAUGUUCCGUAACUGCGGUUAACCAUUAGCAAUCAGUCUGUGGAAAAUUUGUCACCCUGAAAGCAAGUCGCUAACAAACUAUUUUUUUAAACUUAUCUAUAAGCAGAACUAUUUUUAGAUAUCAAUUUUUUUUGUUAUAAUUUCUUGUUUGGCCAACACCUUUCCAUACGCGCAGUUUUUCAAACUAUUUAAGCAUACGGAUGUUUAUUCGAAGUAUUACUGUCCAGUUGACGAUUUCUUUUUUUUUUUUUUAAGAAUAAACUAGAUUAUUUUAUAUGUAAGGGGAGAUAUUUUUUGGCUCAGGAGUCUUUUUUUUCUCUUCCUGAAUUUUAUUAAAUUGGUGUAAGGACAGUUGAAAUUAGAUGUUUUUGUGGCUAUAAUUUCUCAGUUUUUAAAAUACUUCUUCUACAGAUUCUUUCAUAAAAUUACGCCUCGUAAUUAGACCAGUUAAAAAACACUGCGUAAUUUUUAUAUCAUCCCAAUGAGUAAAAGCAAAUUUACGAAACUAAAAAAUAGGACCAGUUUGUGUGUAGUAAUGUCUUCAUAUAUAUAACAUGCUAGGUAUGGUCACACAUACGAUAUAUUUUAAAUAAAGCUGUACAUCUUUACGUCCUUCUUUACUACCUUUCUUUUGUAUAUAUUAUUAAAAAAGAAUGUAUAUGAUGUAUUUAAAUUUUUAUAUACAUAUGAGUAAAAUAUAAUAUGCUGACGUGUGUGAUUUUGUAACAUCAAAUUAUAUUUUGAAUGGGGGUUGGGUACUAAAUUAUUAAGAUCAGUGUUUUUCCAAGUUGAUUCUUUGAUUCUGGAUUUUGUGUUAAAGAGAAAAAUUUUCUCGAAUGAUUUUAAAAUGAAAAAGCGUAUCCUCUUUUGAAGUUCUUCUUUAUUAUUACAUAAUAUAUAGUCUGUUUUAUUUGGUAUCAACAGUCUUCUAUUCUUUCUUCAAUUCUCUUCGGUUUAACAAAUAUAUUAUAUUUUGUUAGUUUUUUUUAACAAACAGAUAAAGUAAUAAAAAUUUUACAUAAUCCUACCAAAACUUAAAGUAAGCUAGCAGCGUUUAGCGGCGUACCCUAUUCUCACAGAUUGUGACCUAUGUUAAAAGCGGACUUCUCUCUUUCUGCAGUGUUUAAUAUAUUUUAUCCCACAGCUCAAAUUUUAUUGUCUUAAAAACUGUUAUUUGUGUGUAAGCUUUGAACAUUGUGGAUAGAAUCGUUUUGUUGAAGUUCAGUGAUGAAAUAAUGUGUACGUAAAGUACAGAAAUGUCUAUCGUCUAAAUGCUUUCUGCUGACAUAUAACUGAAGUACUGUGUAACGUAAAAAUUAAAUAAUUAAUUUAUUAAUUGAUUCAUACCACCACCUAAACAGCAUUCAUAUUAGCCGCAAUGCAUUAAUAUUUUAGAACGACGCUGCUAGCUCUGAAGUCGUGUUUUUCUCUCUUUCUCUCAGUAACAUUUAAAAAAGAAGAAAAAAACUUGAUGUAAAAUGUUUUGAAUGCGUAAUUAUAAAAUGGUAUCUUGUAAAAA